UCUCAAAGUCACUGAAAGCUGAAGAUGGAUAUCAAGCGUGUGAAGGACUAUCUCUACUGGCUGUACUACCAGUACCUACUGAUCACCUGCAGCUAUGUGCUGGAGCCCUGGGAGCGGUCCAUGUUCCACACCGUCACCGUGACUGUCUUCGCUAUGGUGCUGUACACGGCUUACGUCUUCGUCCCCAUCCACGUCCGCCUGGCUUUGGAGUUCUUCUCCCAGAUAUUUGGAGGCCAGCCGGAAAGCCCGGUUUCUGUCAUGAACUGA